GCAGCCUUCAACGGCCCCUUGCAGCCGCAGUGAUGGACUGCUACGUAGCAGCAGAAGAAGCUGGGACGUCUCCGCUGACGCUUUUUAAAGCGACGCAGUAGUUUCAGUAAAGCCUUCCUCGUUGACAUUGUUGGUUUCUAUUGACCUCUUGACUAGACUGUCCAACCAAACAAACAGAUAUCUAUCAAGUGAUAUGGCUAAUAUGGAGGGGAGUAAACUUUGGGGAGGUCGUUUCGUGGGAGACACCGACCCUAUCAUGGAGAAGUUUAAUGCAUCCAUCGCAUAUGACCAGAGGAUGUGGGAUGCAGACAUCCGAGGGAGCAAGGCUUAUGUUAAAGCUCUGGAAAAGGCAAAGCUGGUCAACACGGAUGAAAUGGAGCAAAUCUUACAAGGGAUGGGUCAGAUUUCUGAAGAGUGGUCUAAAGGUGUUUUUGUGAUCAAACCUGGAGAUGAAGACAUUCAUACAGCCAAUGAGCGUAGGCUAAAGGAACUGAUCGGCGCUCCUGCAGGGAAGCUGCACACUGGCAGGAGCAGAAACGAUCAGGUGGUUACUGACAUGAGGCUGUGGCUGCGAGAUGCCAUCGCGACCCUGACGGAUAAUUCCCUACAGCUAAUAUCUACCAUGGUUGAGCGAGCAGCUGUGGAAAUUGACGUUCUUUUUCCUGGUUACACCCACAUGCAGAGGGCUCAACCAAUCAGAUGGAGCCACUGGAUUUUAAGUCAUGCUGUUGCUUUGAGCAGAGAUGUGGACAGGCUUCUGGAGAUCAAGAAACGAGUUAAUAUCUUACCGCUCGGCAGUGGCGCCAUCGCUGGGACCCCGUUUGAUAUUGACAGGGAGCUGCUGCGGAAAGAGUUGGGAUUUGAUGGCAUCAGUCUAAAUAGUAUGGAUGCCACAGGCCAAAGAGACUUCGUUGUGGAGUUCUUGUUCUGGGCUUCCUUGUGUUUGACCCACCUCAGUAAGAUGGCAGAGGACCUCAUGCUGUACAGCACCAAGGAGUUCUCGUUCAUCACACUCUCUGAUGCCUACAGCACGGGCAGCAGUCUGAUGCCCCAGAAGAAAAAUGCUGACAGUCUGGAGCUGAUCAGGAGUAAAGCAGGCCGUGUCUUCGGCAGAUGUGCAGGGUUCAUGAUGACAUUGAAAGGCCUUCCCAGCACCUAUAACAAAGACUUGCAGGAGGAUAAGGAGGCCAUGUUUGACUGCUACGAUACAGUUCAUGCUGUGCUGCAGGUGACGACUGGAGUCAUGUCAACUCUAAAGAUCAACCAGAGCGUGAUGGAAGCUGCUCUCAGUCCUGACAUGUUGGCUACUGAUCUGGCCUACUUUCUUGUGAGAAAAGGGGUGCCAUUCAGAGAGGCCCACGGUUUGUCUGGUAAAGCUGUGUUUACAGCUGAAUCCAAAAACAUCGCCCUGAAUCAACUGACGGUUGAAGACCUCACCUCUGUCAGUCCUCUGUUUGGAAGCAACGUAUCUUCAGUGUGGGACUACAGGAGCAGCGUGGAGCAGUAUAGCGCCCCUGGAGGCACCGCUAAGAGCAGCAUCGUUGAACAAGUGGAGCACCUGAGAAACUGGCUUAAGAAACAGGAACAGUGACCCCACCCACCAACCCAUACACACACACACACACACACACACUCACACCAGAUAUCACCUCAAAUAUACUGAAUCAGGUUUACUGCAACAAUUUAGAUGAAUCUAAAUCUGAGAUCUAAGUGAGUUAUUUAUAAACUAAAAACCACACAUUGCCUUUCAAACAAUUUACUUUUUUUCACUGUAAAUGCUCCAAACAUGCCAGUUUGAUGAUAUGUAAUCUCAGGAUGUUUUUGUUGAUCAUUUAUAAGUCUUAUUUGGCCGCUGGCUGGCAAAAUGAACAGACAUUAACGACUGCACAAUCAAACUGUCGGACUGGUUUUCACUGUGGACCAUUGGAGGAGACUUAUCAUCCUUAUUUCCUAGUUUAAUCUCACUUUUCAGAUCAAAGUUACUGGCUUAUCAACUGCUUUUUUUAAUAAUAACAUACAGAAGUUAUUUUUAAUGAACAAGUGUAUCCAAACCUUUUAUUGGUACUGUAUAAAUGAUCACUGUCCAUUUUCAUUGAGCUGAUUUGAUUCAAUACCAAAGGAUGCAGGUUAAAGAUGCAGAGUCAAGUUAAUUUCUGUAGAUGGUUAAGGUUAAAUUUGACUACAUCUUUCAAAGUGUUAAUUAAUAAUUAAAAAGGAAAAAAGCUUAAAUAUUGAUGAUUUAAAUGUUUUAAGCCAAAUAAGGACAAUAUUAGUGUAUAAUUAAUUUCAAGGGUAAACUUAGAAAGAUACAAAUGAAUGUACUGGUUUGCACUGUUCAUUUAUUGUUUAUUAUAAAGCUGGUGUCACAUAUUUCACCAAUUUAAUUUAUUGAUAUGGAUUACAUUUGAAACAGUGCAAUUAGAAAUUAAACGACAUGUCAAAAUGAACAACGGAGAAGAAACUUGUUAUGAACCAGGGGUAAAAUAUGUAUUCACAUCUAGAACUUAUUUCACUUUCCCAGAUAUAAACAGAGGUACAUUUAGAAAAUGCCUUAAUUAUCUGACACUUCAGUUGUAUGGCUUAUAUAAAACAAUACAAGAUGUUAAGGUGUAGUAGAAUACCAGUUAAUAUUUAAUAUUUAACUUGUUAAAUAAAAGAAAGGGAGGGGAAAAAAAACACAAUAUAAACACCUAAAUUUAUAGUUCAAUUCAUGAAACGUAUGUUGAAAUGAAAAGUUAGAUCUAUAGAAAAGCAGAUUAAACCUAAUUUAAAGCCUUAAUGUGUGAAUAUAAAAUUUAAAGAGCAAAGAAUAAAAAGGAAUUUUAACAAAUGCAUGCUGUUAGGAAAUUAAAUUCAGGUUGUUUGCUAUUGUUUAGUUAUUGAAAAAUGAUUAGUAUAUAAUCAGCACAGCAUAGAUGUGUUUUCACAGCAAGCAGUACAAUAAGACUAGGCAGAGCUCACAGGAAGCACAUGUUGCAAAACUGAUGAAGUAUUUUGUUUACAGCACAUUUAGAAGGUCAGAUGAGGCCUUCCUAUCUUUGAUAACUGUUUUUUAUUGCUGAUAUCUUUGGACAAUAUUAGUGUGUGAAUGAAAAGUAGAAUAUAAAUCAGUAAUAAAGUAUAUACACUUACUUGUA